GCCGGCCGAUGCUAAUGAGCGAGUUGCCAGGCAAGGCAGGAACUUCAUUCUCCUUCUCUGUGUAAGGAUCGCAGAAAUUAUGCCCCUUCUGUCACCAUGAGCUGGCUCUCCAGUUCCCAGGGAGUUGUUCUCACUGCCUACCACCCCAGCGGCAAGGACCAGGCCGUGGGGGACAGCCAUGCACAGGGAGGUGAGGAAGCCACCUCGAGCCGCAGGUGUGGCCAGUAUACCAUGAACCAGGAAACCACCACCAAAGUCACAGAGAAGCCGCUGUUCGAUCGGUCAAGUUCCCAGGAUUCUUUGGAUGAAAUGUCUAUGGAGGACUAUUUCACAGAGCUAGAACAUAUCAAGAAAUCUAGGGAAAACAGACAAGAUCAAGAAGUGGUUGUUGUCAAGGAGCCUGAUGAGGGCGAGUUGGAAGAACAGUGGCUGAAAGAGGCCGGCUUGUCCAAUCUGGUUGGCGAGUCGGCGGGAGACCCCCAGGAAAGCAUGGUGUUUUUAGCAACACUAACCAGGACCCAGGCCGCGGCGGUGCAGAAGCGGGUGGAGACGGUCUCCCAGACCUUGAGGAAAAAAAACAAACAGCACCAGAUUCCAGACGUCAGAGACAUAUUUGCUCAACAGACAGAAUCAAAAGAAAACGUUCCAGAUGGCACUGAGUUGCAGUCAGUCAGAACAAAUGAAAACAAAUACCGAGGAAAAGAUGACCAGACAUCUAACCUUGUGGGUGAGAAGGAGCUGAUCGUCCCCAGGCCGGAAGACACACCUGCCUGUGAAACAGACAUCAAUCUGGAGGUAUCCUUUGCUGAGCAAGCAUUCAAUCAGGAGAACUCCAAGGAUAAGAUCCAGAAGAGCAAAGGCGACGAUACUUCAUUACUUAAUUACAGAUUGCCAAAAGAUAAAACAGGGACCACAAGGAUUGGUGACCUUGCACCCCAGGAUAUGAAGAAAGUUUGCCAUUUAGCGCUAAUUGAGCUGACUGCCCUCUAUGAUGUAUUGGGUAUUGAAUUGAAGCAACAAAAAGCUGUGAAGAUGAAAACAAAAGAUUCUGGUCUUUUUGGUGUUCCAUUGACAGUAUUGUUAGAACAGGAUCAGAGGAAAGUUCCAGGAACUCGAGUACCCUUGAUCUUUCAAAAACUGAUUUCUCGGAUUGAAGAUGGAGGCCUGGAAACAGAAGGCCUCUUGCGAGUCCCUGGAGCUGCCAUCCGAAUCAAAAAUCUCUGCCAAGAACUAGAAGCAAAGUUUUAUGAAGGGACUUUUAAUUGGGAAAGUGUCAAACAGCACGAUGCGGCCAGCUUGCUAAAGCUCUUUAUCCGGGAGCUGCCCCAGCCAUUGCUCAGUGUAGAGUAUCUCAAAGCCUUUCAGGCUGUUCAGAAUCUGCCCUCAAGGAAGCAACAGCUGCAGGCGUUGAACCUCCUUGUCAUCCUCCUGCCCGAUGCAAACAGGGACACACUCAAGGGCCUGCUUGAAUUUCUCCAAAGAGUCGUAGAUAACAAGGAGAAGAAUAAGAUGACAGUCAUGAAUGUAGCUAUGGUCAUGGCCCCAAAUCUCUUUAUGUGUCAUGCGUUGGGUUUGAAGCCCAGUGAACAGCGAGAAUUUGUAAUGGCAGCUGGGACAGCGAAUGUCAUGCACUUAUUGAUUAAGUAUCAGAAACUUCUGUGGACAAUUCCCAAGUUUAUUGUCAACCAAGUGAGGAAGCAAAACACUGAAAACCACAAAAAGGAUAAAAAAGCCAUGAAGAAAUUGCUGAAGAAAAUGGCUUAUGAUCGAGAAAAAUAUGAAAAGCAAGAGAAGAAUACAAAUGAUGCUGACGUUCCUCAGGGAGUGAUCCGAGUGCACGCGCCUCAUCUUUCGAAAGUUUCCAUGGCAAUACAGCUGACGGAAGAACUAAAAGCCAGUGAUGUUCUUGCCAGGUUUCUCAGCCAAGAAAGUGGGGUUGCCCAGACUCUCAAGAAGGGGGAAGUUUUUUUGUAUGAAAUUGGAGGAAAUAUUGGGGAGCGCUGUCUGGAUGAAGACACUUACAUGAAGGACUUGUAUCAGCUCAACCCUAACGCUGAGUGGGUUAUAAAGUCAAGGCCAUCGUAGAAGACUUAACCACAAGAACUUCUGUACUUAUUCCUGCUGGGUCAAGAAUGGAAAUAAAAGAAAUGGCAAAACCCUUAUUAUUAUCUGUCCCCAACUAUUAAAAAGUGACACUCUCAAACCUUAAAACGUUAUGGAUUUGUACUGCUGCCAGAAUCAUGUUAAUAUUAUUAUUAUUAUUAUUAUUAGAAAGUAUUUCUGGAAUACGAGGAGAGGGGCCUAAUUAGCUUGUAGGCUGUUUAUGUAUACUCUGUGAAACGGGUCCAGAUGUAACAGGUUUUUUUGUUUGUUUGUUUUUUAACCAUGAAAAUAUAGUCUCUUCCUACCUAAUUUUUUUCUUUCAAAAUUUUAUGUCCUGUAAUACAUGCUUUCUCAUCUUCCUUACCUCUUCACAUUUGCCUUCUCCCAAUUAGGAUUGCUUUUAACCAAAAAGAUAACAAAUGCCAGAUAAGGCAAGUUGUAAAGCAAUCACAAAGGAAAACAAGCUGAAUUCAACAGUAUUCCUGUCACCCUGGAAUGUUAGUAUUCACAUCUUUGAAUCAUUUGCCCAAACAAACAUCCUGCUCUUUCUGCUGUAUCACAUGGGACGAUUUGCAUUUUUUUUUUCAGUUCAUCUGACACAUGUGCACAGAACCAUAUCCACAGUCAAGAAAAUCAAACUGUCAGAAACUGCCAAUUAUUACCAAACCAUUAAAUACUUAUAUACUAAGGAUAAAUAGUGUAUGCCUAUGUGGAAUAACUGGAUUAUAGGUAAGAAGAGAGUGAAAGCCAGAUCGCUUCAUGUAUGCUGUACUCUUCGAAAUGGAUUUAAAAAGUCAUGAAGUCACAGCUGGCUUGCUUAUUGUCACAUUAGCAUUAUAAAAAUGCACAAUCCAGUUGUGGCUGGAGAAUGCAUUCUACUGAAAGAGGGACUUUAUUUAUUUGUUUUUCCUAAUUCCUGAAUGAGACAACUGGAAGAGUUAUUCUUCUGCGUGUGAUGCCAUCAUGUGAACAAGCUUUCGUUUGUGUGCUUACUUCAAAUGAUCAGUAAAUAUGUAUUAAAAUGUUGCAGAGAGUACUGUCCCCAGGGAUUUUAAUGCCCUGACCAAAUGUGACAGGUGGUCUCGCUAUUGUAAAUAAGAGAAAUGAAGCAACAGAGAAUUGUUAAAUAUUUUAUGCAUUUAGAGUAUAGUGAAUAAGAGGUGAUGUAAAUGAGUUUAGCGCACUCUGUAUUUAUGAUAGUUUCAGUAGUACUGUAGGAAAAAUUAUCCAUUUCUCAAACUCUUGAUGUCACUCUGAUUAGGAGGGAAAAUGCUGUUAAUGAGAACAGUCAGAAAGUUAUAGCCCCUAAUUACCAGGGCAACCUGUGGAUCUUAUCGCUGAAAUCAUUGUGUGCUGAUUUGUGCCAUUGCUUUUCUAUUUAAAAAAAUUUUGUAAUUAAAUGCCUUUUUUUUUCUAAAUUUUCUUCUCUUGGAAUUAUUACUUUUAAUCUUAUGUGUUCAUAAGUCUACAUUUGCCUUCUUUUUCUUUACUAUUAUUUUAAUGUGGCAAAUGGACUACUUUUGUUAUUGUUAAAAGUCACUGCUACUCUUUAAUUGAUCCCAUUGUCUUUGUGUGACUUUUAAAGCUAGAAGACAUGAGAAAUAUAGCAUGUUUUUUGGUCUUAGUUGUUCAAUAUGCAAAUUUCUAUUCUUUAGAACUUUCAAAACACACUGUUUUUCUGUUUGUUUGACAAUAUGUAUUAAUUUCCCAAUUAGCAACAUUUAAGCAAAAUGUUUUCUUAAUGAGUCCGCAAAGACAAUUAACAAUAUAAAAGGAAAACUAAGUGCUUCAAGCCUUUUAGCAGUGCACAACUUAAAAAAAAAAAAAAAAAAAGACAA